AAGAUAACUGUAAGAUGGAACUAGAAACCGUUAAAUCAAGGGAGGCAAGCCAUGAUUCAUCGGACCUAGAGAGUGACCAAUCAGAAGGCGAUAUAGAAAGGGGCCGAUGGGGAGCUAAACUUGACUACAUGUUAUCUAUGGUUGGUUAUUGUGUUGGGCUGGGAAAUAUCUGGAGAUUUCCGUAUCUAUGUAUGAGAAACGGGGGAGGGGCUUUCCUGAUUCCAUUCUUGUUCUUCCUCUUGGCCUGUGGUUUGCCUCUCUACUUCCUUGAGGUCUCUCUAGGACAGUUUACUGGCAAAGGCUGUUUCCAUGUGUGGGAGGCGUGUCCACUCUUCAAAGGUAUUGGUGUUGGAAUGUUCCUCGUUCUUUUCGUCAUUACACUUUACUACAAUAUCAUUAAUACCUGGACACUCUACUACAUGGGAAGUUCCUUUUUCAACCCCCUUCCUUGGUCAAGUUGUGAUCAAGAGUGGAAUACACAGGACUGUAUCCGCAGCCUGCCAGAAGCAACUUAUAACAUCACACUGUACAAUGCAUCAUUCACACGAGCUACCUCAAAUUAUUCAAUAGAAUCUGUUGCUUUAAAUACAACUAGAGGAACGGGUACGACUAGCGAGGAACAAUUCUGGUUCUAUCGAGUUCUUGAUUUGUCUGAUGGUCUUCAUGAGAUCGGAUCCUUAAAUUGGCGACUUUUGCUCUGUUUUAUUGUGGCCUGGAUAGUAGUUUGUUUGUGUCUGAUUAAAGGCGUCAAAUCCCUGGGAAAGGUAGUAUACGUCACGGCGACCCUACCGUAUCUGUUGCUGACUGUGAUCUUGAUAAAGGGCUUGACGUUGCCUGGUGCUACCGAUGGUAUUCUGUUCUACAUUAAACCAGACUUCAAGAAGCUUGCAAAUGUCCAGUUAUUUUAUAUUGGAACUACAAAUUCACCUCUCAUUACCAUGGCCAGUUACAACAAAUUCCACAAUAAUUGUUACAGAGAUUCCAUAAUCUUAACCUUGAUCAGUGAGGGCACCAGUAUUUUUGGAGGUUUUGCAAUAUUUACCAUUGUUGGAUACAUGGCUCAUACGGCAGGGAAACCAGUUGAGGAUGUUGUUCAAGCGGGUCCUGGACUUGCCUUUCUUGUCUAUCCGGAAGCUCUUUCCCAACUUCCGUUUCCAAAUCUCUGGGGCGUGGUGUUCUUUAUGAUGCUGUUCACCGUUGGAUUAGACAGUCAGUUCGCUCCCCUUGAGACGUGCAUGACCGCGGCCAGUGACGUUAUCCCUCGUCUCAGAAAACACAAGGCGCUCCUGUCAAUCAUAUCCUGUCUAUUCUUCUUUUUGGUUGGACUGAUAUUGUGUACUGGCGCUGGACUCUACAUCUUCCAGUUGCUGGAUUGGUAUAUAGCCGCCUUUGCUCUUCCCCUGUUUGGUUUCCUGGAAUGUGUGAUUUUCGGUUGGAUUUAUGGGGCGGAGAACAUGUCACGUGAUAUAGAAAUCAUGUUAGGCAGAGGUGUACCAGUUUACAUUAGGAUCCUAUGGUGUAUCUUUACACCUGUAUUGCUAUUGCUCUUACUGAUAUCUUCGCUAUACACAUACCGCCCGCCGAUGGUUGGCACAUACGAAUAUCCGGCGUAUGCGCGGGCAAUAGGCUGGUUUUUUGCCGUUCUUCCUCUUGUUCCACUACCCUACUUUGCAAUACGAGUACUGAUGAAGUCACCGGGGGAAACUUUUUACGAGAAACUCCGUUCAUCAUUGAGGCCCUCGGAGGAUUGGCGACCAGUGUCUACCUCGGAUGCAGAGAAAUAUAAUAUUGACAACAGGUCUUUACCAGGGGAUCUGAAAACUACAAUUCGUAGAAAUAUCUUAGGAAGAUCAUAGGAAUUUUCUAAGCGUACAUAGUUAUUUUGUGCAUAGAUUCCUGGUAUACUCUUAAUGUAAUGCUCAACUGUUCAGACUAUUUAUAGGAAAUAGCUAAAAGAUAAAUGCAGGAUGUAUAAUUGCUAUGAUUUUUUGAAACAAU